GCGACGCCGGAAGUCCUCGCUCGGCCUGGCGGUAACCUUGCGGGCCGGGCCACCGCUGCCGAGGUGAGCUCCGCUCGUCUGAGCGUUGGCCCGGCGGAGCUCGUCAGCUGCGGUGGGGAGGCGCGCCGGGGUCGCGCGGGAGGGCGCCGAGCGGCGCGGAGCUCAGGCGUGCGCGCAGGACCUCGCAGCCGACAUGUCUCUGGUGGCGGAAGCGUUCGUCUCCCAGGUCGCAGCUACAGAACCUUGGCCUGAAAAUGCGACCUUAUAUCAGCAACUGAGAGGAGAGCAAAUUUUGCUUUCUGACAAUGCAGCAUCUCUUGCUGUGCAGGCAUUUUUGCAGAUGUGUAAUCUGCCUGUCAAAGUGGUGUGUAGGGCAAAUGCGGAAUAUAUGUCCCCAUCUGGAAAAGUUCCUUUUAUUCAUGUGGGAAAUCAAGUAGUGUCAGAACUUGGCCCAAUAGUCCAAUUUGUUAAAGCCAAGGGCCAUUCUCUUAGUGAUGGGUUGGAUGAAGUCCAAAAAGCAGAAAUGAAAGCCUACAUGGAAUUAGUCAACAAUAUGCUGCUGACUGCAGAGUUGUAUCUCCAGUGGUGUGAUGAAGCUACAGUAGGGGAGAUCACUAUUGCUAGGUAUGGAUCGCCUUACCCUUGGCCUCUGAACCACAUUUUGGCCUAUCAGAAGCAGUGGGAAGUGAAACGUAAGAUGAAAGCUAUUGGAUGGGGUAACAAGACUCUGGACCAGGUCUUAGAAGAUGUAGACCAGUGCUGUCAAGCCCUUUCCCAGAGACUGGGAACACAACCAUACUUCUUCAAUAAGCAACCUACUGAACUUGACGCUCUGGUUUUUGGCCAUUUGUAUACCAUUCUUACCACACAGUUGACCAGCGAUGAACUUUCUGAGAAGGUGAAAAACUAUAGCAACCUCCUUGCUUUCUGUAGAAGAAUUGAACAGCACUACUUUGAAGACCNGGGUAAAGGCAGGUUGUCUUAGAGCUGUAUGCCAAUUAGGUAUUUAAAAAAUCUAACUUUUGAAAUAUGUAUUACUUGAACAAUAUGGUAGUAGUUACAGGAUCUCAAAACCAAAACCACUGUUUUUUGAAACCUCAAAAAAUUUGCAUAAUGUCAUAUACAUGUCCUUUGUACUGUUAUUUGUGUACACUUUGAUUUUGAAUUGUUUGAUUUGUUACAUUAUAUUCUAUAUCUUGACAUUUUCUUUCUUUAUGAGCAUAUAAAAAUAAACCUUAAGCAAC